ACCUCAUCCAUCGGGACCUCCUCCAUCUCGACCUCCUCCAUCGGGAUCUCCUCCAUCGAGACCUCAUCCAUCAGGACCUCAUCCAUCAGAAUCUCAUCCAUCAGGUCCACAUCCAUCAGGUCCACAUUCAUCGGGACCACAUCCAUCAGGACCUCAUCCAUCAGGACCUCAUUCUUCCAAAAAUCGUUACACACCCUGCAUAUGUAGGAAACGUGCAGAAAAAAUUGCCAAAAUAAAGCUGAGGAUGCUACAGAAAUGGAUGCCAGAAUUUGCUAACCGAAGCACAGAGGCUUACAAAAGAAUGCAUGACACCCUUGUUAAUGAGAUUUCCAAGGUAUUGCAAAUAACAAAAGAGGGCAUAAGGAAUGUAAACUUCACCAAAGGCAGCAUUGUUGCUCGAUUCGAGGUAGUUUAUACAUUCCAAAGCCAAGGCAAUGUCUCGAAGGAUAUGGAGGACCCAGAAAAAGCCUUGAGGAACGCCAUUCAAAGUGGCCAGUUAAGAGACCUUCACAUUGAUCCAGAAUCGUUGGUGGUCAGUCAAAGCUUUUCAGGUGUUAAUCUAACCUCAUGGACAUCCAAGCCAGAUGAAUGCAGCUCUAAAUGCCACAACGACAAACACAACAGUAAGGUAGAGCAAAAUCAUGAAUGCGCUGAAGUGACGGCAUCGUGUGAUGAUGUGCCUCUGACCAGAGAGACAACUUGUCAUGAGGCAUGUCCUGCCUAUUCCAGUGCACAUGCAUCCAGGAAAGAAAUGUUCAUCAUCAUCGGCGUACUCAUCGUAGCAGUUGUAAUAGCUGUCGGUGUUGUGGUCAUCAUUAAGUGCAAAAGGGAUCGACAUAAACACAUUAGCACCAGUCCCUCCAUUAGCUCCAUGAAGCAACUAACGAAUAACGAUGAACUUCAGUCACGAUGCUGAAUCGUCUCGAAGUUCAAGGAGACCCUCUCACAGAUAUUUUCGAAACCUAUUGAUUUCGCAGUUUCAAGUGUGGGAAAAUAGAAGGACUUGAGUGAAGUAAAUCAAACUUUUGUAAAAGAGUUCAGGAGUAGCAAGCUAAUAGACCAAUCAACGACAGCCGUCUAUUUAACCAAUCACAUAUUACGUAUCAUUUAUUUAAUUCGCACUCAGUAUUUUUUUAAAGUAUUUAGAGUGUCUAGUCUUGCGAGUUUUUUUUUCGCCAAUUUUUUUUUUUUUUCGCCAAUUAAUUUUGUAUAGCUGCACAACAUUUUACGUAUUUUCUUUAAAAGAUACCAAUAAAAACCUUCAGUUUUAGAAGAACAAUCAGAAGUAUUUAUGCUUGAGCUGGCAGAAAUUUUCACCUGUAAAAUCCUUCACCAUGGUAACGAAUACGUCAUCGUCAUUGUGAUUACCUUUUUGUUAUUAAUUCAGAGAAUAAAAACAAUUUCAUUGAA